AUGGCUUCGAACACAAAAUACACUCAGGCUUCCCAACGAGACUCCCUCGAUGAUUCCGCUCAUUAUUCGCAGGCCCCUCCAUCUUACGCCGAACCUUCUUCAUCUGCGGAUAACGAUGCACUCCUAGGAGGAGGGCCAAGAAGCAGCGAGGACAAUAUUCCGGAUGACUUCAAGUUCGGAGGUUCUGUGGCUGAGGCAACUAUUGAGAUUCGAAUGCAGUUUGUACGAAAGGUUUAUGCCAUCCUCUCUGUGCAACUUAUCGCCACAGCUGCUCUAAGCUCCGUUUCCUUCUUCAGCGAAUCCUACAAAAACUGGAUUCAGACACACACUUGGAUGUUAUGGACUUCGCUCUUCGGCGCAAUUGGCUUCAUGCUUUUGACAUACUGGAAGCGAAAGUCUUAUCCAACCAACCUACUAUUUCUCGGAGGAUUCACAGCGCUUGAAGCAUACUCAAUAUCGGUCAUCGUGUCGACGUUCGACUCCCGCAUUGUCCUUCAAGCUGUCUUGCUCACUGCCGGAAUAUUUGUUGCGCUCACGCUAUUCGCCUGCCAGACCAAAUAUGACUUUACGUCAUGGAUGCCCUACCUUUUUGGUGGACUUUGGGCAUUAAUCCUCUUUGGAUUUAUGGCCAUGUUCUUCCCAGGAAACAGUACCGUCGAGUUAAUUUAUUCUGGUAUCGCCGCCCUUAUCUUUUCCGGCUACAUUCUUGUUGAUACUCAACUCAUUAUGAGACAUUAUCAUGUGGAGGAAGAGAUCGCGGCAGCUAUCAGUCUUUACCUUGACAUUAUUAACUUGUUCUUGGCCAUUCUCCGAAUUCUCAACAGUCAACAAAAUAACUAA